AUGGUAUAUACAACACCACAACCACAGCAGAGAUUCAAUUGUACUCCACAAUCUAAUCACAGUCUUAUUUUUUCACCCAUCAGAGCCCCCUCUAUGCAAACACCUUCUUCGUUGGAUUACCAAUCGCCUUCUAUCGUUGUAUCAUCAUCGUCAAUGAAGAUUCACGGCCGCUCUUCAAGUUUCGGUAAGUUUUCUCUAUCCAUUGGCCAAAACGGUAAAGCGGCAAUCCUGGGGCCUGUAAACAUUCUACCCAUCAAGGAAUCGAAAACAGAGAAGCCUACGCCAAAGGGGAAGUCUAAUCCUUCUUCUGACCGUGUCGAAAAGACUCGUAUACUGUCCCUACUGAAAAAAAUGAGGAACAAGAGUAGUACGGUUAAUAAGAAAUAUAACCAAGUGCCAUUAGAAAGCGCAAUGAGCCAACAGCCAAUGACUACUGUAUUUUCACCAAUAUCCUCCAAUAUUGCGAAGUUAUCGCCCAGAAAAUCAACCGCUCCAAGAACUCCGAAUGCAAACUCAAAUUUGAACCUAAACUUUACCUCUUUCCAAAUUAAAACAGGGUUCACCCCCAACAUUGAUGGUAUAUUACUUGAAAACUUCACAUCCCCAAAUGCAACGGCAGAUUCACAGAAUAAUCCCACCGGCAACGUCUUGGGCAGCAAUCAUAAUAGCAACAACAACAACAAUCAAUUUCUUUUCAAUUUACCGUUACAAUCGUCACCAAGACAAUUCAAAUCUCCUGCAAGAUUGAUAGAUCCUCUUCCCAUAUCGGACUGGAAUACUAGCCUCCUCAUGUCCCCGCCAAGGACAUCCAAUUUCGAUUCUACAAACAAUCACUUCAGUGCAAACUUCGCUCAAGCAUCAAUGCUAAGACGCCCCUCGUUACCGCAUAUAGAUCAAGUGAUUCCACAGGACUCUAAUUCAACCAAUUACACGGAGAGGUCCGAGUAUAUAUCCGUUGAUCAAAACUCCAAUAAUCAUAGUGGUAUACUUUCAGAGCAGUCUUAUAAUAACAUGAUUUUACUGCCCACGGAGAAGGAUGACGCUACCACGGCACUAAGGAAGCUCGUCACCAGAGAGUAA